ACAAGAGGCGGAAGUCAUUUUUUUUUAUCUAUUUUCCCGCGGUUAGAGUGUAAACUGUGUCUGGGUCUGGGAGGAGGGUGAAGAGACUAGCGGUACAGGGCGCCGUGUAUAGGAACCGGUCCGGGCACUGCGAGCUGAACCUAUAGGGCUGCGGACGGUGAUAUCCAGAGACCGGACUGGCUGCUUCUUCCACCGUACCAUGCCACCCAAGAGUCCCAGGAAAGGGGCCCUCAGCCGGCCUCAGGAGGAGGAGAGGGGCCCUACCGAGCCCACAGGAAUUGAAAGUGAUGAUCCAGUCCUUUCCUCUCUGUGUAAUCAACUAAAUAUAUCCAAACUGGUGAAAGUGCAAACCUGGCAGACCUAUAAGAGAUUUUCAUCAGAUCGGUCAUUGCAGGACAACAUGAAGAAAAUAGAAUCUUUGGGCCUUUGUCUCUAUAUUGCUGCAGUCAAUGCUGAUGAAAUGACCUUCACUUUUACAGAAUUCGUAAAGGCUGUAGAUAUAAGUGUCAGUAAAUGUUUUAACCUUCUAAGGCAAAUGGAUGUCAACAUGGAUAAUCUGAGUACCAAAGUUGACAGUGCUGUGAUGAAGCUGAAAAAAAAGUAUGAAACAAUGUCUCAUUUGUAUCAGAAAUUUCAAAGUACAUUUAACGACAUAUUUUUGAACCAGCCAAAUACAGGGAAUGCUGCUGGUUCUAGAUAUAAGGCCAUUCUUGAGGGCUCUUGGACAACAUAUCUUUUGGCUAAAGGGAACGUUUUGCAGAAGGAUGAUGACCUUAUAAUCUCGUUCCAGUUGUUGCUGUGUGUCUUGGAAUAUUUUAUCAAGCGAUCGCCAUCUGAUGUUCUAAAGGAACCAUAUAAAAGCUCUGUGAGUGGACUUUCUGUGAAUGGACCAACCCGAACUUCCCGUCGUGGUCAGAGCAGAAACACUCGUACGUCACGGCAGUCUGAAACAGACACCAGAAUCAUAGAGGCUCUUUGUAAGGCUAACGAAUGUCCUGUUGAUGAGGUGAAAAAUGUUUAUUUCUCUAGUUUUGUUGACUUUCUGGAUUCUACUGGAAUUUCUUCCAUGGACGGUCUCCCAAAGGCUGAGGUCAUUUCAAAACAGUAUGAAGGUGUUUAUCAAAGAAACAAGGACAUUGACGCAAGGCUGUUUUUGAAAAAUGAUCCGUCUCUGAAAGUUGAUAUCAGUGAAAGUUUGGAACAGGAGAGAACGCCUAAGAAAAAUAUUGCUGGUGAAGCUCCUGUGAUACCUCCUCAGACACCUGUAAGAGCUGCAAUGAACACAAUCAACCAAUUGAUGGUUACCUUAAAUUCCUCCUGCGACGAGCCCUCUGAAAUUCUUAAUUUGUAUUUUGAGAACUGCACAAUAAAUCCAAAGAUCAAGAUCACAGAGCGAGUAAAUUGCUUAGGACAGGUUUUCAAAGCACGUUUUGCCACUGCAAUUGGCCAAGCAUGUGCAGAAAUAGGAUACCAGCGUUACAGAGUUGGGGUACGUUUGCAUUACAGAGUGCUGGAGUCUAUACUUAAAGCGGAAGAAGAACGCUUGUCUAUUCACAACUUUAGCAUACUGUUGAAUAAUGACAUUUUCCAUACAUGUCUCCUGGCCUGUGCUGUGGAAGUUGUCAUGGCUGCUUAUGGAGGAAAUUCCUUUCAGACUCAGUCCCAGGCAGAAACAGCCGUGUCCUUUCCAUGGAUUCUGAAUGUCUUUGAGCAGAAAGCAAUUGACUUUUAUAAAGUAAUUGAGAGCUUUAUUAGAGCUGAACCAAGUCUAACAAAACAUAUGAUCAAACACCUUGAGCGCUGUGAACACAUGAUUAUGGAAAGUUUGGCCUGGCAAUCGGACUCGCCUCUGUUUGACUUGAUCAGACAAACGAGGGAUCGUGAAGAGUCAAUUGAUCACCCAGAAAUGGCCAGUGCUGCACAACAACCAUCGCAAAACAACCCUACAGCUGCGGAUCUCUAUUUGUCACCUUCAAGAACAACACAACAGAGUGCUGGCACUAGUGUACCUACCUCAUCCAGUACAAAUGGACAGGGCCCUGCACCGCCGCAACCUCAGCAGAGAUCUACCUCACUGUCAUUGUUUUACAAGAAAGUGUACCGCCUGGCAUACUUGAGGCUCAACAGCUUAUGUUCCAGCCUGUUAUCUGAGCACCCUGAGCUGGAGCAAAUCGUCUGGACUCUUUUCCAGCACACUUUGCAACAUGAGUAUGAGCUGAUGAGAGACAGACACUUAGACCAGAUCAUGAUGUGUUCUAUGUAUGGUAUUUGUAAGGCAAAGAACAUUGAUCUACGAUUCAAGACUAUUGUUACGGCAUACAAGCAGCUUACAAACACAAACCAAGAGACAUUCAAGCAUGUUUUGAUCCGAGAUGGAAGGCAUGACUCUAUUAUCGUAUUCUACAAUUUGGUCUUUAUGCAGAGAUUAAAAAGUAAUAUCUUGCAAUAUGCUUCUACAAGGCCUCCCACUUUGUCUCCAAUUCCUCAAAUACCACGAAGUCCUUACAGAUUUGCAAACUCUCCUUUAAGAAUUCCUGGUGGAAAUAACAUCUAUGUUUCUCCUUUAAAAAGUCCUUACAAGUCAUCAGAUGGACUGCUGUCGCCAACAAAAAUGACGCCAAGGACUAGAAUCCUAGUAUCCAUUGGUGAAUCAUUUGGAUCGUCAGAGAAAUUUCAAAAAAUUAAUCAAAUGCUGAGCAGUGCUGAACGCCCUUCUAAGAGGACCGCACAAGACGGCACAGCCCCCAAACCUCUAAAGAAGCUCCGAUUUGAUGACCACGAUGAGGCAGAUGGAAGCAAAACACUUUCUACUGAUUCGAAGUUCCAGCAGAAACUUGCAGAAAUGACAUCCACCAGGACACGAUUACAAAGGCAAAAGUCAGAAGAAUCAUCAAAUGGUGUAACAAAAGAAGAACACUAAGACGGAAGGCUUGGGCCCGUUACAAUGUGCUCACACUGAUUUUGUCAUGUUUAUUUUAUUCAUAAAACUCCUUCCUUUUAUUUAUACGAUUGUAAAAAAAAACCUGAUUAUUAUUAGCCUCAGCCAAUAGUAGAGGCACAUAUAUCAUGCCCAUUGCCAAAUCAUAAUAGACAAAGGAAGCUGCUGCUGUGUUUGAGUAGCCUGUAAUAUAAAGUUAAAUAACCUUGUUCUGCACACUCACACAGAUCUCGACGUGCACUAUUUUAAUGAUGAUAUACUUGAAGUAUUGUUUUAAUUUUGUGCACAUUUUUUUAUUUUUUUUACACCUGAGCCAAAAAGACCGUUGUUCCUGAAAUGAAUAUCUGUGACAUUACCUCAAACCCUUAUCCUCAGACCUCUUAGCGACUUCCCAGUAAUAUGUGGAUGUAUAGUGGUGCAGUUCUGUAUUCCCAGGCUCCAUUCUCACUAUAUACAUGAGAUUUAACACACACUCACUGCAUUGUGAAAGACCCAAUUGAGUUGCCUGAAAUGGGAAAUUACAUAUCGGCCCAGCAAAAAGAAGCCGACCGGACAUUUGAACAUGACCAUUUUUUUUAUAAAACAGAUUUUGCCAUGUACUUUAAAUUAGCUUGCAAGUGAUUCCGAUCUCAUCAAGAGUUAGUGAAACAAUACAUUGUAGAUGCAAUAAUACACUUCAGAUACUUUACAAUCAAAAUGAAUGGAGAAGAAAACACACUACACUAGAAGCUGCCAUAGCUGAUUCCUAUUUUAAAAUACUACUGACCUGACUGUCAUGCUGCUCCAGUGGAUAUGGGUUGAUAUCGCUUUCUAUUUAAAAAAAAAAAUCCUCGAUGGGAAAGCUGUUGAAUCUGUUAAAGAUUUCCAUUCCUGCCACUGGUGAGUUGUAGGGUUGCUCAUGUGACAUGGCCCUUUUAAGUAUAUAUCUGGGCAAAUAAAAAUGAAAAAGCAUGUGGUAUAGCUCUGCAAUA